UUCGACCGGCUGCCAAGCUGGAGCGGAGGGGGCGGGGGCGGCGGCGGUGGAGAGGGACGGAGGAGGAGGCCUGGGACUGGGCUCGGAGAAGAGGCCCGGCCUCCCCCGCUGCAGCUGCGCCACAAGGCCCCGGCGCCAGGCCCUGAGGCUGCAGCGGGGGGUCCUCCGGCCUCGGAGUCGGCUCGGAGGGCGGGCUGGCCCAGCAAGCACACCCUCCGCCUCCUGCAGGACUUCAGCAGCGAGCCGGGCUUCCAACCUGAGCUCGCCUUCGCUGGAGAAAGGGCCCCCUUCUCCUCCUCCAUCUCGCUCCUCCUGGGAGAGGCCCCAACCAGAAGCCCCUCAUGGUCCCCGAGGGAGGCAGAGAGCCGCAAGGAAGGCUGCCUGUGCUCCCUCCGAGGCCUCUUCCUCCCUCCUCCUCCUCCUCCUCCUCGAAGCUGGCGGCCCCUUCCAGCACGGCCUCUACCGCCUCCCCGCCGCCGGGCCGGGGCUCCUGGUCUGUCCGAGGCCGACCUCCUCUUCAACGUCAACAGCGACAUCCGCUCAACCCCAAGGCAGCCGCGCCGCGCCGCCGCCGCAGAGAACCCCGAAUGGCAAAAUGAAGGCAACGAAGACGAAGAAUUCCUACCCACUGGAGAAACAUCGAUUGAUUCCUAUCCAAACUGGCUCAAGUUCCACAUUGGCAUUAACCGAUACGAACUGUAUUCCAGACACAACCCGGCCAUUGGAGCCUUGCUACAAGACCUGGCCUCCCAGAAAAUAACAAGUGUUGCAAUGAAAUCAGGAGGCACCCAGCUCAAACUGAUCAUGACAUUCCAGAACUAUGGACAAGCUUUGUUUAAGCCAAUGAAACAAACAAGAGAGCAGGAGACUCCUCCAGACUUCUUUUAUUUCUCCGACUACGAAAGACAUAACGCUGAAAUUGCAGCAUUUCACCUGGACAGAAUCCUGGAUUUCCGCCGUGUGCCGCCGGUUGCAGGCAGAUUGGUUAAUAUGACCAGAGAAAUAAGGGAUGUCACGCGUGACAAGAAAUUAUGGAGGACAUUCUUCAUCUCCCCAGCCAAUAAUAUCUGUUUCUAUGGCGAGUGCUCCUACUAUUGUUCAACUGAGCAUGCGCUGUGUGGGAAGCCAGACCAGAUUGAAGGUUCUCUUGCUGCAUUUCUGCCAGACCUUUCCUUAGCCAAAAGGAAGACUUGGAGGAAUCCGUGGAGACGUUCCUAUCACAAACGCAAGAAAGCAGAGUGGGAAGUUGAUCCAGAUUACUGUGAAGAAGUUAAGCAAACUCCACCUUACGACAGGGGGACCCGAAUUUUGGAUAUAAUGGAUAUGACCAUCUUUGACUUUCUCAUGGGAAACAUGGACCGGCAUCACUACGAAACAUUUGAGAAAUUUGGAAAUGAAACUUUUAUUAUCCACUUAGACAAUGGCAGGGGGUUCGGGAAAUACUCCCACGAUGAACUUUCUAUCUUGGUGCCUUUGAACCAGUGCUGCAGAAUACGGAAGUCCACCUAUCUACGACUACAGCUACUAGCCAAGGAAGAGUACAAGCUUAGUCAUCUGAUGGAAGAGUCUUUAAUGAAAGACAAAAUUGCUCCCAUUUUAUACAAGUUGCACCUGGAAGCUAUGGACCGUCGGCUCCGGAUAGUCCUCAAGGCUGUCAGUGACUGUAUAGAAAAAGAUGGUUACAGCAACGUGGUUGAAAAUGACUUUACCGCCGACAUGAGCACGAUUAUGACCAAGAGGUAGUGAAAUCGCAGGACCCAAUUUUUUAUUAGCUCUGUCAAAGAAGAAAGAAAGAAAGAAAAACAACACACAAAAAAGAAACAGUCUUGCAAAGGACUGUGUAUGCCACUUUGUGAAUUCAAUGAAUUCAGAAAAUGCAAUUAUAAUUGUUCUCCAAGUAGCUAAGGCGUAGACUGCGAAGAAUAUAGGUUGAGGAUGAAGAGCCGUAGGAGUUCACAGAAGCAGCGGAAGCAGCUUUGGUGGCCCUCAGGGGACCCCCAUGUUUUCAGUGGAUGCGACCUCACACUUCAUACAGUCCUGCUUCCCUGAAACUCUUAACUUAUUUCUUCCCUUUGCCCAUUAAAGGCAUUGGAUUGCACAUCAUGUGUGGAGCUUCUGGAAAGCCCCACCUCGCAUGGUCAUCUUGUUGUUCCUGCAAUGAGUGAGUCUGUAACCAAGCUCUGCCCCUUCCACACAGCCACAGGUGUGCAUGCACAUGAUGGGUGAAGCUUAUGAGCAGCACUGGAUCAGGCUUGUGGGAAAUUCAGGUAGAUAACUAAGCAGCAACAGGAUUAUCUGCCUGUGGAUUAGGUAACUUGGGCAAACAAAGAAGUGACACUUAAUUGCCGCUCUUCUUAACAAAUCAAUUCCCCAAAGAGGAUUGGAAAGAUAUUUGAAAUCGCUGCUCAAUGGCACUUGCCUGUCCACAAAAUGGUCCUUCUCUGUUCCCCUCCCUUCUUCUUUCAUUUGUACAGAAAGCAGAUCUUUAUUUAAUAUUUUGUAUUUAUAGAAGCGAUGGCUGUGUUCUUUGAAAAUGAAAACCUACCUACCAAUUUUUAUUUUUAAAAGAGAGGCACCAGGUUAUUGUACGUUGCUCACAGAGGAAAGGAUUCUAGAGGGAAAUGCUGGAGUCGAGCUACUCUACACCGUUAACAGUCUUUCUGGGACUGUUCCACUUUGGAACCCUGGGCUGGCAUUCAGUAAUGGACUGGCUUUUUCAUAGGUGGACUUACAUGUGCGGGAAAUAGAGUUGAGCUGUUUCGCCACAUCUGUAUUUACUUAGGGGCUGUUGUGAAAUUACUACAUAUAAGCAUCCAUAACUCAAUGGUGGAGCGACUGAAACGCUAGUGUACAGUGGGUGCAAAUGUGCAUUAGUGUGCUCCCCAGUGCACAUGCAGACAUCAGCAGGAGAGAUCUGGAGCACAAAAGGGGUGCCCAGUGCACAUUGGAAGUAUCCAGUGUGAAUCAGAAGAGCCCAAUGAGCAUCAGAAAUGACCAAUGUGCAGCAGAAGAGGCCACUGCACAUCGGAAGUGCCUGAUGUGUAUUGAAGCACUCUUGCCAAUGCCCUGAUGCACAACUUAGUGAUUCACUCACUGGGUUUUGUUGAGUAUCUGCAACAUAGCUAAGGAUUUGCAAAGUUACGCAGCACAGCCCAUGAGGAAGAAUCUCAGUCCUGUUUUGGUAUGCAGGCAUGGAAAGAAUUAAAUCCUUAAAUGCAGCCCUGUGCAAAGCAACACAAAUAUAGAAAACCAACAUAUUGAGGGGAAGGCUAGAUUAUAACUAUUCUCCCCAAUGUGGUACUUUUCAACAAGACAAUGCAUUUGUAAUGGAGCAGAAGCCUUUCUCCACCUGUGUCUUGAAAUGGUAUAGUCUCAGACAGGACUAUGCCACCUGCUUUUUCUCAGUUGUGCACAUUAACAGUUCCUUGUGUUGUCCUUCAAGUUCUUUCUUUAACGGUACCUUAUUUAAAUUGUUCGUUCCCAGCCGACACACACAUAUCCAUACACCAUUUCGAGGAUGAAUCUGUCUCAGACUGGUUUUCAAAGCCAAAAGAAAAACAACAUACCCCACAACCACAGCACAACCCGACAAAGUUACAGCAACGUAGUCAGAAAAAAAAGAAGAUUUUGAUAAUUUGCGCAUUGACAGGAAUACUUGAAUGUGAUUUUACAAAGUGAUGUUUUAAAAAAAAUGACAAAUUGUACUAUUUAUCCAUACGAAAACAGCAGCUCUUAUCUUUCUAGGCUGUCAUAGCAGGGCUGCUGCUUUCCUGACUUUUGCUUUUGAUAGUUUCCAUGUAAAUAUAUACAUAUACCAGUUUAAAAUAAAUGAGGGUUCAAAAGAAAAAAACACACAAAAAACUGCUUUCAGCAGCAAUAGACUUACUUUUGCAGCAUUAUUUUUUUUUCGGUGGAUUUGUUUGCAAUGUGGUCCCAGUGCAAUAAAGAUAUUGGCAAAUGUGUAGCCAGAAA